UCCUGCUAGAGGUUCCGGGAGGAGGAGGAAGCUGCGGCCGCCCACGGUGGACGCCCUCAGCCCCCGGGCAUUGCCGUAGGGCGUUCAGUUUUCCUCACUUGUGGCAAAACAAGCCAAGAGGAGGAACAGACACAGCCCUGGUAGUUGUGGUCCGGCCCUCAUUCUACAGAUAUGGCAAACAAGGGGAACAGGAAACGUCGGCAGUUUUCCCUGGAGGAGAAAAUGAAAGUUGUGGAAGCUGUGGACUCAGGCAAGAGGAAAGGCGAUGUGGCAAAAGAAUUCGGUAUCACUCCUUCUACUUUGUCUACAUUCUUAAAGGAUCGUGCCAAAUUUGAAGAAAAGGUGCGGGAGGCAUCUGUGGGACCCCAGAGGAAAAGGAUGAGGAAUGCUCUUUAUGACGACAUUGAUAAGGCUGUUUUUGCUUGGUUUCAAGAAAUCCAUGCCAAAAACGUUCUCGUGACUGGUUCUGUCAUUCGGAGAAAAGCACUAAACUUGGCCAACAUGCUUGGCUAUGACAAUUUUCAAGCAAGUGUGGGCUGGCUGAACAGAUUUCGGGAUCGCCAUGGAAUUGCUUUGAAAGCAGUCUGUAGGGAGGAUAGUGACAGAUUAAUGAAUGGUCUAGGAAUAGAUAAGGUUAAUGAGUGGCAUGCAGGGGAAAUUAUAAAACUAAUUGCUGACUACAGCCCAGAUGAUAUCUUUAAUGCUGAUGAGACAGGAGUGUUUUUCCAGUUGCUUCCCCAGCACACACUUGCUGCUAAAGGGGACCAUUGUAGAGGGGGCAAGAAAGCAAGGCAGCGGUUGACUGCACUCUUUUGUUGCAAUGCUUCAGGGACUGAAAAAAUGAGACCAUUGAUUGUUGGUAGGUCAGCCAACCCACGCUGCCUCAAGAAUGUCCAUUCCCUCCCUUGUGACUACCGAGCCAACCAGCAGGCGUGGAUGACACAGGAUCUGUUUAAUGAGUGGCUGAUGCAAGUGGACGCCAGAAUGAAGCAGGCAGAACGCCGGAUCCUCCUGCUGAUUGACAACUGCUCCGCUCACAACAUGCUUCCACGCUUGGAAAGGAUUCAGGUGGGGUAUCUGCCCUCAAAGUGUACUGCCGUCUUGCAGCCACUGAAUCUUGGCAUAAUUCAUACCACAAAAGUGCUGUACAGGAGCCACCUGCUAAAACAGAUCCUCCUCAAGCUCAACAGCAGUGAAGAUCACGAACAAGUGGACAUCAAGCAGGCCAUUGACAUGAUUGCUGUGGCAUGGUGGUCAGUCAAGCAGUCCACAGUGGUGAAAUGCUGGCAGAAGGCAGGCAUCAUCCCUGUGGAAUUGAUAGAUUCUGACACAGAAGCAGCAGCCAGUGAACCAGAUACUGCCAUUGAAAAGUUGUGGCACUCAGUGGCUAUUGCCACCUGUGUCCCAAAUGAAAUAAAUUUCCAGGACUUUGUCACUGCAGAUGAUGAGCUCAUCAUCUCUCAGGAGCUGCUGGACACAGAGGUCAUCCAGGACAUGGUGGCUGGUGAAAGUACUGAUGAAGCUGGAAGUGAAGAUGAGGGGGAGGCAUCUUUACCACAGCAGCCAAAAGUCACCAUCACAGAGGCCAUCUCAAGUGCACAGAAACUUAGACGGUUCCUUUCCACUUGUGUAGGUGUUCCUGAUGCCAUUUUUGGACAGCUAAAUGGCAUAGAUGAAUAUUUAAUGAGAAGAGUGACACAAACUCUUGUUGAUUCCAAAAUUACAGAGUUCCUCUAAACAAAAUAAUGUAGAAAUUAACUGCCUCUUUUAAUUUAGAAGAUGUAGUUUACAAGAAUAAAUAUUUAUUUAGCUAGGAUAUUGAACUUAAAUUUUAAGCAAUAUUAUUGUGACAACAUUCCAGUUUUCUGAAAUAAUCAGGAAACUUUCUUGAAUGGAAUUUGGGGCCCAAGACUCUUCAUUUCUAACAAGUUCCCAGGUGAUGCCAAUGCUGAUGUGGUCCAAGGUCCAUGCUUAAGAACCACUGGUCCAUCUGGAUUCUAGCACUUCUCUCUUUAGCUGGCCAUCUGAAUACUCCCAAUCACUAACUGUCAAAAAAAAAAAAAAGUAUCAGCUGUUCUUACUCCAGAACUGUUAACUCCUUCCUGCUGAUUUGGUAACUCCAGAACCUUCUUAGCUAUUCUCUUGAACGCCCCACCAAGUAUUCAGUAGAGGUGCAUCUGUCUGUGCCAAAAGACUUAACAAGAGCCAUCUAGCCUAUCAAAGCAUCUUUUAAUACUUCAGGAUUAUUAUUAGUACGAUGCUGGGGUACAGGGAAAUAAAGUGCCUGAAAGAGGAGACAUGCUACAAUCUGGAAGAUGUGGUAAAUAUCAGAGAAUGCUGUUAAUCACUAUCAUGAGAGAGAACAUACAUCCCAGUAUACCUCUCAAAUCCAGACAAGGUGAGAGGAUCAUUUGUGAGAGAGAUGACAUGUGUGAGAGUGUUUGGAUUAUUUGGAUAAUCCACAGUGGUCCUCUCCACACCUGUGGAUAAUCCAGCCUCAUGUCAUUAAUGUGAGGGCACACUAUGUUUCCCUUCACUAAAAUCACUUCAUAAAUCACCCUUUUUCCUUUGUGUUUGUUCUUCAGAGAAGUCUGCUAGAGCAGAGUUGAUUUAAGUUAUUUAAAGCUGUAUAAAUUUAUCAUCAAAUUUAUCUUAAAGUUUUUCUCCUAUAAAAAAGGCAUUCUUGGACUUCCCUGGUGGCGCAGUGGUUAAGAAUCCGCCUGCCAAUGUAGAGGGCACAGGUUCGAGCCCUGGUCCAGGAAGAUCCCACAUGCCGUGGAGCAACUAAGCCCGUGAGCCACAACUACUGAGCCCAUGUGCCACAACUACUGAAGCCCGUGCGCCUAGAGCCUGUGCUCCGCAACAAGAGAAGCCACUGUAAUGAGAAGCCCACGCACCACAACAAAGAGUAGCCCCGGCUCACCAUAACUAGAGAAUGCCCCCAUGGGCAGCAACGAAGACCCAACGCAGCCAAAAAUAAAAAUAAAUACAAUUAAUUAAUUUUUUUAAAAAGGCAUUCUUAAUAUCCUUUAAAACCCUAGUAUCUAUUUUCUAAUGAGUCAGCCUUUCUUGAAGACUCCAGCACCUGCUCCACCCUUCUCUCCCUCAACUCCUCAGCACUUUUGUCUCUAAACCAUUCAGUUAAGCACUUAAAUGUUUUGCCAGUGUUCUGUGGCUCUUUAGACUGUAAGCUCCACAAGAGCAGGGACCACUUAGCCGUUGUAACCUUAAAGGUGCCUAGCACUGUGCUGGGAACA